AUGAGGAAGGAGGGCAAAGCCUUCGGGCUACAUUUCCUGCAACAACCACCAAUGAAAUAUGAACGCGGGUUGAAUUACACGCUGCCGACUAUUCAAUCUUUUGAUGGCACCAUUGCGGACGAUGAAGCCGCCCGGGAGUACCCUUGCUUGUUGGCUUGGGCCGCAGUUGCAACCCACUAUGAAUUUCAGUACCGGGAUCAGCGUUUCAACGGAGGCAUGGACUGCAGAUUACCUAUCGAAGGGGAUCGCCGGCGGUUGAGGCAAAUCAAGUCGAUCCAACUUGCGUCUCCGAAGGGACUCGUGCUGUUGAUGGCAUGGCGCGAGGGAUUUGUGCACACCCUCAUAGGCGAAAAAGCCUGCUGGUGGUAUGCAAACACGGUUCACCCCUCCAACACGUAUCAAGUGCAUCGCCAUUCGUCCGCCGUAGAUUUAAUCUAUUACCCCAAAGACCAGAUCCGG